AUGAUUGAUCUAUCGAAAUUUCAUGAUGAUUAUGCUGUUUAUAAAGAUGUACGAAAUUUAAAAGAAGAAUUAUUAGGAAAAGCCUAUGAAUAUUUCAAAAUGAAUGACAAAGAAUCAGAAAAUAAAUUGAAAGAUUUUUUCGAACAACAACGUUAUUGGAUUGGUGAUUUUACUUUAUUUCUGACAAUAAAAGAAUACUACAAAAAUGAAACAUGGGCAGAUUGGCCUGAUUCUUUACGUCGUCAUCAAUCUUCGGCCUUAGAUCAAAUUCGUCAAGAGAAAAAAGAUCGAAUUCAAUAUCAUCUUUUUGUUCAAUAUGUCUUUUAUCAACAAUGGUUUGAAUUGAAGAAAUAUGCUAAUGAUCGACAUAUUAAAAUAAUGGGUGAUAUGCCCAUCUAUGUCGAUUACGAUUCAGUCGAUGUUUGGGCACAUACAGACUUCUUUCAAUUGGAUAAAAAUACUAUGCAACAAACAGUUACUGCAGGUAUGUUAAAGAAGAUAAAUUAUGCCUUUUUGUAA